AUGCCUAGUAAUAUCAAUAAGAUGCCGUCGGAGAAAUGCUUUGAAGAUGCAGUUUACAGAAUUGGUUAUGAGUUGCAAUGCCAAAACAUCAGCAAUUCGCAGUUUGAUAAUACUAAGCAAGUUGAAGCUUUAGCCAGGUAUGCUGACUCACAAAGGGCGAUAACUGCUUAUAAUAGACUCAGAAAACUGAAAGAGCCAAAUAUUGUUCAUCUUCUAUGGAGCAACAGUGAAAAUAAAACAGACUGUGUGGUAUACAUGAUGUGCCACAUGAAGACUUACAAAGCGGGCGUUGAUAGCUACAACUGUGGAAUCCCCCCAAUCGGCAAAACAACGAGACAAAAGGAUGUACAUCAAAACAAACUUGAUAAGCUCAGAAUCAAGUACCUGACAGAGUUGCUGACCUCGGGCAUCAACACCAAAUCAAUCACCAUCACAGAGCGGAUCAAAGAAUUUCACACUGCUAGAAACCCAUAG